ACCGUCUCUGUCUUCUCUCACGAGGUGCCAGUAUCUCUCCCCCCUGUAAUGUAAUAAUAACCCAACCCAAAAAAAAAAAAGAACUUCCAUUGAACUGUUCAAGAAAGCUUCUAACUUUCUAAAGCUCAAAUCCUUCCUUCCUUCUCUCUCCUAUCCGUAUCGCUCUCUCUCUCUCUCUCUCUCUCUCUCUGUAGAGUAUUAAAUAUGUAAUGUAAUAAUGAGAGUAAAUACAGAAACUGUUCAUGGAGUAUAUUACAUCUCUCUGUUCAACUCCUUUUGUCAGGAGAAAACUAAAGAGAUGAUUAUGAAGAAAUUGCUAUAAGAAGAAACCUAAACCCACCCAUAUUUAAAAAAAAAAAAAGAAGAGAGAAGUUUUUUUUAUUGGUAGAUCUAUUAUAUAUUUAUUCUUAUUUUCCUUUUGGGGAUUUUAUUUUUAUUUUGUUCCUAAUUGAGAGAGAAAGAAAAAGAGAUGAACAAUCUGAGUUAUCUUGAACCAGAUUACUCUGAGUUUGUUGAAGUUGAUCCUACUGGAAGAUAUGGAAGAUAUAAUGAAGUUCUGGGUAAAGGAGCUUCAAAGACUGUUUACAGAGCAUUUGAUGAAUACGAAGGGAUAGAAGUAGCAUGGAACCAAGUGAAGCUUUACGAUUUCCUACAGAGCCCUGAGGAUCUUGAGAGGCUUUACUGCGAGAUUCAUCUCCUCAAGACUCUAAAACACAAGAACAUUAUGAAAUUCUACACUUCCUGGGUGGAUACAGCCAAUCGAAACAUCAAUUUUGUUACUGAAUUGUUCACUUCUGGCACCUUGAGACAGUAUAGACUCAGGCAUAAGAGAGUAAACAUAAGAGCGAUGAAGCAUUGGUGUAGGCAGAUCUUGAGAGGCUUACAUUAUCUUCACAGCCAUGAUCCUCCUGUGAUCCACAGGGAUCUCAAAUGUGACAACAUUUUCGUUAACGGGAAUCAAGGAGAGGUCAAGAUUGGAGAUCUCGGCCUUGCUGCCAUUUUAAGAAAGUCUCAUGCUGCUCACUGCGUUGGGACUCCUGAGUUCAUGGCACCUGAAGUUUACGAAGAAGCGUAUAACGAACUGGUAGAUAUAUACUCGUUCGGUAUGUGCAUUUUGGAGAUGGUCACGUUUGAUUACCCGUACAGCGAAUGUACUCACCCUGCUCAGAUCUACAAGAAAGUUAUGUCGGGCAAGAAACCGGAUGCAUUAUACAAGGUGAAAGACCCUGAAGUUAAAUGUUUUAUCGAGAAAUGCUUGGCCACCGUAUCCCUCAGAGUCUCUGCUCGUGAAUUACUAGAUGACCCUUUUCUUCGAGUAGACGAUGGUGAAUUUGAUAUGAGAUCGGUUGAUAUGGAUGAUUCGGUCGGGCCACUUGUUAGGCAGCCGCAUCAUCUUCCUGACUACUACAACUACCCUUCAAAUAGUAGCUCUUUGAAUCGUCAGUACUCAAAUGGUUAUAGUAGCCCCAACGAGUAUCAGAACGGGUGGGCAUAUAAUCCAGCUGAGGCAGAGGAGACUCACGGAAUCGAACUCUUUGAAUGUCGAAACAAUGAUGAUCAAGAAGAUGACAAGACAUCUGGUAAUGUUGAUAUAACCAUCAAAGGGAAGAGAAGAGAUGAUGGUGGCUUAUUCUUGCGUCUUAGGAUCGCCGACAAAGAAGGACGUGUCCGAAACAUUUACUUCCCAUUUGACAUCGAGACAGACACGGCAUUGAGCGUUGCAACAGAGAUGGUAGCGGAACUAGAUAUGGAUGAUCACGGAGUCACAAAGAUCGCCAAUAUGAUUGAUGGUGAGAUAUCUUCUCUUGUGCCCAGGUGGAGACCGGGCCCUGAAUUCGAAGAAUGUCUUGCGGCUGCAGCGGCAGCAAAUGCUGCAAGCAUUUGCAACAACUGCGUGUCGAACCGCACCUCAAUGGGGUCGGUGAUGGAUUUCUUGAGGACCAAUCCUGGUGCGAAUGUGAUACAAUGUUGCAGAAAUGGGUGCGGAGAGACUCAUGGCCGGUUUGAAGAGAUCACGAUCAGAGAAACCGAGGUGCGUCUUAGAGAGCUAUGGAAGCUGCAGCAACAGCAGGAAAGCCGUGAGCUAAGCUCAAUAGACUCAGGGCAAAACCACUCUGAAGAAGAAGAAGAAGAAGAGGAAGAAGAGGUAUAUGAAAACCCUGAAAACACGUUUUCUUGCGAGGCAGGUAACGGAAUAAUAAACCAUUCUGGAUCCUUCUCGUUUAUACCAUCUAAAUACUGCGACGAGGAGGUAUACGAGAAAACCGAAAAUCAGGUCCAACAAGAUUUGAGAUGGCUUAAAGCCAAAUGCCAGAUUGAACUCAGAGACAUUCAAGAUGAGCAAUUACAAACCCGGUGGCCGGAAUCCGGAGAAGAGUCGGAGAUUUUUCCUUUGGGUUCGGUUUCAGGGAUGGAAGGAGAUAAGGUGAAAGAACAACAGAUGUAUGGAGGAAGAUUGGUACCAAAGUGUCUUAAAAGGACAACUUCACUUCCUGUUGAUGCCAUUGAUUCUUGAUUAUUACGUAGUGUUUUCUUCAUGUAUACAUAUAUAUUGUUUGCUAUUAUAAGUCUUUUUACAUUGUAAAAACACACAAGUAUACACUUAAAAGAGAUCCAUCCACUUCAAAUUCUUUUGGGGUUGUUUGUACAAUAAUGAAUACCCUUCGAUCUA